AAAGAUAGGUCGCAUUUUCUAGUCAGCCAAGACAUUAUAGUAGUGUUCCAGCCAAAAGUAGAGACGAAAAAUCCAAGAAAGUACGGUGUUUGUGAUAAUAUCUCGUUAUUCUAGACGACGAUGAACUCGAGAUUUCUGCAAUUAGCAAAGAAAAUUAAUUGUUUCUACUUGAACGGCAUUCUCAAGGGGGAGUGUCGUCCAUUUUUUGUCGAUGGAAAACAAGUGGGACUCAUCAGACCCGAUGUUGUCAACAAGUUGCUCAACUAUCCGGAGGUCUUCAUCAUGAGAGACUCUGACCUGGAUGGCCGGGGAAUAAUUGAAUUGAAUCCAGCAUUUAGAGACUAUAACGAACGCACAACCAAAGUUGAACAGGUAUUGCUAGAAUUAAGGGACAAGGAUGAAAUAAUUACUUUGAGAGGAUGGAGAAAUGAGUAUUUUGAGGUAAAAGAUGCAAGUAACAAUUGCUUAUUGAAAAUGGAUAGAGCCGCUACGCCGAUGUUUGCCAUACGCAAUUACGGAGUUACAAUAAACGGCUAUGUGCGGCAUCCAGAUUUGGGUUUGUGUAUGUGGUUUCAGCAACGCUCGGACACUAAACAAACUUGGCCUGGCUUUUGGGAUAAUAUGGUCUCUGGUGGCGUUACAGUUGGAUACGGCAUAAAAGAAACUGCCGUGAAAGAAUCACAAGAAGAGGCAUCUGUGCCCCAGUCUUUCCUAGAAAACCUGGUGUCUGUUGGCAGUGUUUCGUUCUUCUUUGAAAGUGAACGUGGUCUCUUCCCCAAUACCGAAUACGUAUUUGACUUGGAACUUCCAAUGGACUUUGAGCCAAAAUGCAUUGAUGGUGAGGUGCAAGCAUUUGAAUUGAUGCCCAUCACCAAAUGUCUAGACUGGAUAUGUUCUACAAAGUUUAAGACGACAUCCACGCCCGUCGUCAUCGAUUUUAUGAUAAGACACGGAAUUAUUAAUACCGAAAAUGAGCCGAAUUUCUCAGAGAUCGUAGAACUGAUUCAUGUUCCUUUGCAAUCGAUAUAUAAAAUGAAUUUAGUAACAUCUAACGGCAAAAAUGGAUUUUCGUCACAUGACUCACCUACCAAAUCAACGAAUCAAAGUGCUUAAACAGGAUGACUUUCACCGUGUCUCGACAUUAUUUUUAAGUUUUAACUUAUAUCCGUAAAAAUAAGUUUGAAUUACAACAAAUAGAAAAUAUAAUUUUCUAUAAAAUGACUAUUAAAUUAUUUUCAAAAUAAAUAUUUUAUUUUUGUCUUUAUCACGUACACUUAGUUAGUAAGGUGGCACAACAAUUCUAAAUAACAUAGAAUGUUAUUAAAAGUUAACGAA